AUGACAUCACCAGAAAAUUUACUUGUAUGUUCUACAGCGGGAGAAGUAUUUGCUAUCAACAAAACAGACGGUACACGAGUGUGGAACUCUAAGCUCUCCGGUGUAGGAUACGGUGUUGGAGCAUUAUUCGUCUUUGAUAAUAAAGUCUAUGUCGGGAUGAAUGGCCAUUUAAUCGCCCUGAACUUGGCUGAUGGAGCAGUGAUCUGGAAUAACCCGCUAUCAACAAUGUGGUGGAGCGAAGUAUCGGUACUUGUUACCAGCACAAAUUCAAAUUCAAACGCAUCAUCAUAUAAGCCUCAAGGUUCUGUUGUUUUAGUCGGUUCUUUCGGAAAAGUAUGUGGAAUAGACCCUGAAUUAGGAGGGACACUUUGGAAAAACGAGUUGAAGGGCGCCGGUUAUGAAUUGCCUUGCCUUAUGUUAGAUUCAUCAGCUCCUGAUGCAGUUCUGGUCGGAUGUGGUAGAAGACUAUAUAAAAUUAAUAUUUAUAAUGGACAAGCUAUCUGGAAACAUAAAUUAUCUAAAGCCAUAUUUGCACCUUCUUGUGUCACGAUGGCUACCCAACAAAGUAGUUUACAGGCUGCGUUUACGUACACAGGAUUUAACAACAACCCUGUUGCUCAGCAACAUAGAAGGCAUGAACGAGAGAAGAAUUCGGGCGAUUAA